AGAUCUGCGCUGUAGUCUUGCUGCGUUUUGUUUGUGCUGGGUGGACAUGGUGGUAUUUGUAAUGACGUAUAAUGUAUUAACUCCGUCUAGCAGUUCAGAGACUUUGCGCAGUUGUUGUCCUCUCUCGCUACUUUAUUAUGGUUGAUUGUUGACAGUGUUUAAACACGUUUCCAGUAUACCUGUUUUUAACAUUUUGGGAAAGUGCAAGGCGAUGACGACGCAAACAUUUAUCACUGGAAAUGCUAGAAUAGUGCAUGGCCUUUUAAUGACCUAGCCUGCUAAAUGCAGAUGUGCUUCUCUGAAAUGCUCUGCUCGCUGUCCUUUAUUUAUUGCAGUUUAUAGGGUUUUCGAGUUUAUAGCGGCUGCGUAGGUGCAUUUCGUGUAAUAGUGCAAGCAGAAAUCGUGGCGGACAUGCAUUGUCUGCAAAAAUACGUUGGAAGAAUAAAAAUUAAUGUCACUUUUAGCUCGUGGUAUCAUCGGAUUACAUUUGAAUAAGGGAACCAAACGUGCCUUGCGUGUUUUGUGUCAGUUUUGCUACUUGUUGAGACAAGUUGACGUGGAAAGGUGCCCAGAGUCUAUUUUGUCAUGUGCGACGCAUGUGAACCCGGCGGUUGAGUUGAAACUGUGCUGCGUUGCGAGCACGCUAUUUUGUCAAAUAACAUCUCCACAUGCAUUGUGGUUUAAUAGUAUUUCUCUCACUUCAGUUUAUUUUAAAUUAACGUUUUGGUUCAUCAGGACAAAAACACUUUUUGAAGAGAUCCGUGCCUCUGUCAACAACAAUGAGGAACAGGACCGCUCCUUUUGGAGACCAGUGCUGCCUUGGGGAGGUGUGUACACCAUCCGGGCCGGGCGCAAUGCCAUUUCCUGCACUCCCUUGUAUGUGAAGAUCAGCCUCAAGAACACCUGUACCAUUGAUGGCUUUCUCAUGCUCCUAUAUGUCAUUCUGCGUGAGAACAAGGCCUUCCCACGUGAGGUGGGGCUCUUUCUGGGUAAGGACUUUGUGGAACAUUUCCUGUACCUAAUGGACUCCUAUGACUACACCACUGUCAAGCUGCUGUGGAUCUGGGACAAGAUGUCCAAGCAACAGUACAGGUCGGAGAUUCACCGGGCGGCUCUGGAGAUCGACCUGUUCGGCAACGAGCACGAGAACUUCACUAAGAACUUGGAGAACCUAAUGUCGACCAUUCAGGAGAGCUUCUGCACCAACUGGAACUGCCCGGCCCGCUUCCAGGAGUUUGUUCAGACUACCAUCAAUAUCAACCCGCCACGAGAACAGCCUCACAAAGAUCUCAUCCAGUCAGCGGUCGACACAUUUUUCUGUCCAAGGAUUCUUUUCUGCAAUGAACUGGGGUGUGAUGGCCUGAGGGAGUUCUCGCAGAGGGUAUUCUGCCACGGAGCUCCGCCUUUUGUCAUCCUCAACAUGCAGCUGUGGAAGUCGGAGGAGCUGGCUUGCGUACCAUACCACCUUGACCUCUCUGAGCACAGGUACUCGCUAGAGGGAGCCACACUCUUCAAUAAGGAGGAGCACCACUACUCCGCGGCCUUUCAGAUCGAUGGCUACUGGAUGCACUACGAUGGGCUGCGCAGCGACAACCUGAUUCUGCUGAACAAACCUCCAGAACUACUGCUGCUCUCCUCGUUGGUUUAUGUCCGGAUUGAUAAGUGAGGGUCUGAGGCCCGAGUCCAGGGGGAAGAUGCUGCGAAUGGGGAAGCUUCCCCCUAUAAAAUCCGUUUGUUUGUUUUUUUUCUUCUCACUGCAGCCAAUGACAGUCAACAGCGUGUUGAUUUAUUCAGAAUUUCAUCGGAUAAAAAAAAAAUGGUUUGGCUGGUCCUAGUACUGAUGGUUUUUCUAUAGGUAUUUAAAUUCCAGGUAGGUGUACUGAGGCAGGGGGAGUUUCAAAUGCUAUAUUGUCCGUUCCAUUUUCUACUUUCUUUCCAGUAUUUAUAAGAUUUUGCCAGACUGCCACUUUGAAAACGCUACCAGUGCAAAAUAAUUUUUCCCCCCUUUUUUUAAGGCUUGCUUGGAAUCCAAGAAAAAUAUGGACUAUACUAGUUCUGUGAUGCCACACAAAAACUUGAGAAAUUUCCCAUAUGUACUUUGGAAGAAAGUUGUGAUUUUCAUAGUGGUGCUGAGAACUUUGUCAUGCUAAAAAGAGUAGUUUGAGAGUAGUUCUUAGAGUAAUGUAGGGGUUAAAGUAAUGACAUUGCAAAUUCAUCUAGAUAUUUAGGUUGUCUGACUUCAGUCUUCUUAAUUAUGUAUAGCAUUUCCUGUGAAUACCAUAGAUUAUGCUUUCUUCUUGGUCUGCAGCCAGCUGAAUAAAUUGAAUUCAAAAAUGGGGUAAAAAAGCAUUUUUGAGGGAAUGGUGUGUCUUUUUUCCCCCCAGAAAGGGCAAUGUAAGAGAGGCAGAGUCAGCAAUAUUAUAUUUUGAAGUGUAUUCACUACUGGGUAGAUAUGCGUUUACAGAGGGAGGGGAAGAAUGUACCGGCCUGCACUGCACUCUGCAGGUAUGCAGGCAUUUGUGCUUUAUACAAACGUCGACUGGUAGAUACUUUUGCGUCUUCCUUUCUUGGCCCCUGUAGGUUGACCACAAACAAGCCAUGGUUAAUUUGCCUGGCUUUUCAUCAUAGUGUCAGCUUUCUACAGCAGUCAGCCAUUAGAAUGCCAGUGUUAAUUAUUUUAGUGCAUGGGAAGCCUGUAACAAAGGUGUAACUCAAAUGUGGAAAAAUACCCAUGGGGGGGGGGUGUUUUCCUGAGGCUUCUCGUCUUAAGUGAACAGAACUUUUUGACAGUACCAAAGUUAGGAAAAUGGAGCAGGAUUAUUCUGCAGUGCGGAGUUCUCUGUGGAGCUGCAAGGCUUACGGAGGGAUUCCAAUGCUUUUCUUAAGGCCUUUUCCCUCUUUGCAGCCCGAAGAUGCUCUAAUACUGAAGUCCUUGUGUCUGAGCUGAAAACAGAAAUGCAGAAAAGUAAGUGGCUGGUAAUAGUUGAAUCUCUAAUGCGGAAUGUGUGGUGGAUAUUACGGCAUAGAUUUUGGAUUAGAAUUACGGUCUGUUCAGCAUUGUGCAUAAGGGUCAUGACGAAAGUCCGUGUACUGGAUGCACCUACUUUGGUGUCGGCCUGAUUUUUUCAGUGCAUUUUACUACAAUAAGUCACAUUAACCACGAACUUAACUGCCCACUGUUAUUAGCCUUGUUUUUGACAUUGUUUAAAUAUCAAAUUUUUUAAAUCUUGAUAUGCCAGUUUUAUUCCCCUUUUCCUAUCUGACAUUGUCGAAUAACAUUUUCCUACUUUCAUUGCCAGUUCCAAACUAUGCAGGCAUUUAAUUCCACGUACUGUUUUUUUAAUUUUUUUUUUUUUUUUAAAGCAAAUAAAAUAUUUUUAUACCCAA